CUCCACAGCAAGCGGUGUCGCUACCUCACCAACAAACUCGCCAUGUUCUCCUUUCCCAACGCGCCCUCCUUCUUCCUCCUCCUCCUCGUCCCUCUCCUCUUUCUGCUCUCCCCCGCUUCCGGCGCAGGGUCCCCUGCCUCGUUGUCGAACGGCACUACCGUUUACGACCUCCUCUCGGAGUACGGCCUGCCGCCAGGCAUCCUCCCGGACACCGUCAAGUCCUUCUCCCUCGCCUCCGGCGGCCGGUUCGUCACCAAACUCUACGGCGCCUGUUACGUCGACUUCGAGUACGUGGUGUACUACGAGCCCCGCGUGUCGGGCGUCGUCAAGUACGGCGCCAUCGAGGAGGUCCAGGGCGUCCAGAUCCGCCGCUACCUCGUCUGGUUCAACGUCGACACCAUCAGGCUCGACCCCUCCUCCUCCGACUUCAUCUACUUCGAAGGCAGUUGGAUCUCCCUCAAGCUCCGGAUCGACCAGUUCCAGACCGUGCACUCUUGCAGGGGCAGCCUCUCGCUGCUCGGCCGCGCCAAGGAGGUCGCCCGUUCCAUGUUCGAGUCAUUGUUCUUGGAUUGAAAGAAGAAAAAAAAUCAUUUUGGGGCACUAAUUCAAUGCUUGCUUACAUUUACAUAACUAAUUUUUAGAAGAGAGUUGGCCAUCCUUACGGUAUGGGAGUAAAAAUAUUGUAUGUUUUACUGAGAUUCUUAGCAUAAGUUGACCUUUUCUCCUUGCAGCAAAAAAAAAUAAAAACUAUGAUUCCUUUUUUCAUGAAAGUGUAUCUGAGCCUACACAAUGCUGGGUGAGCUGUUAUUAAAGUGAUUUAACAAUGCUUAUUGUCGAUUUCAGAGCAUUUUCGCACCUCAACUUUGAUGGAGUAAUGUGAGAGAAAAACCAGUAUGCCAAUGAAUGGAAAGCCUGAAG